AUGAAACAGGCAAAAGUCAAGAGGGCAACAGAAGCACGGAAAGCUGCUUUUAAACGUUUUACCCCAGUUCUUCAAUAUACCUUUCCAUAUGGCUUUCUCUUCAAACUGCAAAGACACCGAGAGAUUGCACUGCUGGACAUUCCCGCCACUGUGAAAAUAAGUAACAACCUCUUGCAAAAAAGUUACAGGUGGACGGGGCCAAGCUCCACAGGACAGGGAGAGCCAAAGCGAUGUGGGAAGCCAGGAGGUGCCCAGCCAGCGCGGGCAGAAAGGAGGAGGCACGGGGGCCACGCUGUCAGGUGUCGAGAACCAGAGCGCUGUAGUGCAGUGAAGAGGCGUACGGCUGCAAAACGGGAUGAGACCAACGCACGACCACGCACUGUAGGAGAACUCUUAGCCCCAACUUCUCCUUUUGACAAGAAGUGUGGACGUGAAAACUGGACUGUUGCAUUUGCUCCCGAUGGAUCUUACUUUGCUUGGUCACAAGGGCAUCGCAUAGUGAAGCUGGUCCCCUGGUCUCAGUGCCUUAAUAACUUCUUGUUGCAUGGCACAAAGAAUGUUGCAAAUUCUAUCGGUACAAGACUUCCAAGGCAGAAUAGUGACAGCGGUCAGAAAAAUAAGCCUUGUGAACAUAUAAUAGACUGUGGUGACAUCGUCUGGAGCCUUGCUUUUGGGUCUUCAGUGCCUGAGAAGCAGAGCCGCUGUGUCAAUAUAGAAUGGCACCGUUUCAAAUUUGGGCAAGACCAGCUUCUACUUGCAACAGGCUUGAACAAUGGGCGCAUCAAGAUAUGGGAUGCAUAUACAGGAAAACUCCUCCUUAACCUGAUGGACCAUACAGAAGUUGUUAGAGAUUUAACCUUUGCCCCAGAUGGCAGCCUGAUUUUAGUGUCUGCGUCCAGAGACAAAACACUGAGAGUGUGGGACCUGAAAGAUGAUGGAAAUAUGAUGAAAGUGUUGAGAGGACAUCAGAACUGGGUAUAUGGUUGUGCAUUCUCUCCAGACUCUUCUAUUCUCUGUUCUGUUGGAGCUAGUAAAGCAGUUUUUCUCUGGGAUAUGGAUAAAUACUCCAUGAUACGGAAACUUGAAGGACAUCACAAUGAUGUUGUAGCUUGUGAGUUUUCUCCUGAUGGAGCUUUACUGGCUACUGCAUCUUAUGAUACUCGAGUCUAUGUCUGGGAUCCACAUAUUGGAGUUAUUCUUAUGGAAUUUGGGCAUCUGUUCCCGCCUCCUACUCCAAUAUUUGCUGGAGGUGCAAAUGACCGAUGGGUCAGAUCCGUAUCUUUUAGUCACGAUGGACUACAUAUUGCAAGCCUUGCUGAUGAUAAAAUGGUAAGAUUCUGGAGAAUUGAUGAAGAAUACCCUGUACAAGUUGCACCUCUGAACAAUGGGCUCUGCUGUACUUUUUCUACUGAUGGCAGUGUUCUAGCUGCAGGGACACAGGAUGGCAGUGUGUACUUCUGGGCAACUCCAAGACAAGUUUCCAGUCUCCAACAUCUAUGUCGUAUGGCAAUUCGAAGAGUGAUGCCCACCAGCCAAGUCAAGAACUUGCCUAUCCCAUCAAAAGUGGUGGAGUUCCUUUGUUACCAGAUUUGAAUUUAAAAAAAAAAAAAUCAAACUGGCAGGUGGCCCAGCUGCUGAAACUGGCUAAACACUUUAAAGAAUCCUCAAACUCUACAGCCUUUAAGCUUAAGAGACUACAGGUUUUCAAGAGCUAUUUAAAGUGAUAACCUAAAUACUAUUUUGUCAAAAUGCCUGACAGGUAAAUUUUUAAUAUUUAUAGAAAACACAGUAGAAGUAUUCCUGGUGUUCUCAAUUUUCUAAAAUAUAACUGUGAAAACAUGUACAUAUCUAGACAUAAGCUGCUACAUGUUAUCAAUGUACCUUUAAAAAUUGCUUUUAUGAUUUUUAAUGGGCAUCAUGUAUAUAUUGCUUUGGUAGAGCCAUCAGAUGCAUCUGUGCUGUAAAGUGGAAGGAUAGCUAUUAUUCUGGGACAUUGAGUUAGGAAAAAAUAUUGACUUAAGGAAGCUUAACUGCUCUGUAUGUAUGUACAUCAGUUGGGGUUCAGGAAACUGAUCCACAGAUAAGAAUUCUGCUAGUUUAUUUCAUGAAGAGGUACAGCUUGGCUUUUUAGAGCAAUGUAUGGUGAAGGGAAGUAGGUUAAGGUAAGGGUUGGAGUAUAUCUAAUGUAAACCCAGGAAUGUUGCCUGUAUGUCAGCUAAAGAAGGCCUUAAGUUCUAUAGCAGCAAACCAGGUUAAAUUUCAGUAUUGGGCAGUGUUAAAGAAAUAUUUCCUUACAUUUCUAAAAAUCUAACUACUGUAUUAUUGCCUGAUACUUUGUCUGUAAUGAGAGAAAUUUACAGACUCAGUUUAUUAUUCUUUAACCCUAUAAUAUCUCUUCAGGGGUGAUUAUUGGUUAAUGGCCAAAGAUAAGCAAAAUACUUGGUUUUGCCUUCUGUUAUUUAUCUGUACCUGCAGAUAUAAAGAAUGUAUGCAUUGCAUAAAAUGCCUGAUUAUAUAUAUAUUUUUGUUGAAUUUUUUUUAUUAAAAACUUGUAUAAAAGUUUCCU